AGCCAUUUCGGCCGAAGCAGUUCUCACGUUGCCACGCUCGUGCAGAGAGCUCCAUGGGCAAAAAUCGCCCUCCCAAGAAAGCGAGAGAUCUCCUGGUGGAGCUUCAGCGCCGAAGGACCGAACUGGAGUCACAACCUGGCCAGCAUGUUGCAAACAUUCGGCAGCGGCUCGAGGGGCUCAUCGCAUGCAGACCCGAUGACUAUGACUCUUUUAUGACAGAUGCGCAGCAGGCCCUGGACGAGGCGACCGAAUUUCUUACAGCUACAACCGCUUGUUCUUUCCGCGAGAUGGAUCUGGCGGCUGCAGAAAUUAGUCAGAGCGCUUGGGAGAGCGUUUGUAAAGUCCGCGCUGAGAUGCAUGCAACCUUGGCAAGAGAGCACGAAGAGGAAAGGUGUGCUGGUAGAUGGCGCCGUAGCAAGCAGCAUGAGAGUUCUAACAUUACCGCGAGUGCUCUUCAUGAAGAUGCCUGCGCACCUAGCACUGGCGUCGCAAGUGCCUCUUCCCUCAGAAUGGUAGCUCGUUCUGAUCGUAAGAUACCGAUUGUUCCGAGAAUUUCUUUGUCUUUCGCAGACGAAGCCACGGCAGGGCGAAAGCGAUUUUCGAAUCCACAAUUGCACAGUCAGUGCAGUCACUCGUCUGCAACACCAGCAGCGGCUCCUGAGCAAGCGGCGACAGCAAAUGGAGUCGUGGUUUGGAUCCGUAACUUUGAUCUUCGAAUCCAUGACAACCCAGCUUUGGUGCACGCAGCAUGCCUCAAGCGACCGGUUUACCUAGUUUUCGUGUGGUCCGAGCAGGAGGACGCUGCGCAUGGCAAUUGGCGGCUUGGUGGGACGGCAGCCUCUUUGUGGUUGUAUCACGCACUGGCGGCAUUAGACGCCGCCUAUCAGCAGUGGUACGGACAGCACAUUAGUUUCAUCGCAGGCACAACUACACGCGCCUUGCUGGAGGCAGUCCAGGAGACUGGGUCGGACACCAUCGUGACAAGCAAAGCAUACGACACCUUUGGUCGCAAGCUAGACGAAGAGGUCAAAUCGUCUCUGCAGACGUUUGGUAUCACCUUUACGAGUUUCAACUCGUAUCUUCUGAAUGACGUUGACCAGAUACGUGUAGACAUGCGGGAGCACCGUGGCCAUUUUGGCACCCUCGUGCCCUUCCUGUUCGCUUGCAACUCCCAGCCUGCACCGCGCAAGCCACAGCAGGAGCCUAUAACGCUUCUGCGUGGGCAGAGCACAAGGAUUUCGUCCCACGUUGGUUUGGCGGGGCUUGGCAUAUGCAAAUUGCCCAUUCGACGUGACGGCUCCACUGUCGAUUGGGGAGCUUCCAUCGUCAAGAGUUGGCAGAUCAGCGAGGAGGGCGCGCGAGCAGCUUUGGAUAGAUUCCUCGCAGAAGGAGGAGGACUCUCGAAGUACGAAUCAGAGCGUCAUCUUGCCGAUGCCUCGGCCGUGGCUCGCAUCUCCCCAUAUUUGCGUUUCGGGAUGCUCAGCAGCAGGACUAUGUAUUGGGCCUCCAAGGCAGCCAACGCCAAGGACCUUGCCAAAACUUUCUGGCGGCGAUUGGUAUGGCGAGAUCUUGCUUACUGGCAGCUUCGACUCUUCCCGCAGAUGGCAGACGAGCCCAUACGAUCACAUUACGUAGGGCAGCAGUGGAACGCUGACAGAACAUCAAUCGAACGAUGGUUCCAGGGUAAGACCGGGUAUCCGAUUGUUGAUGCUGGCAUGCGGGAGUUGUGGGCGACGGGGUGGAUGACUCAGAAUGUCAGGAUGGUCGUAGCUAUCUUUCUCGUGGAGUACUUGAAUGUCAAUUGGGCCGAGGGUGCUAGAUGGUUUCAUCACACACUGGUGGAUGCAGACCCAGCUAUCAACCCCAUGAUGUGGCAGAAUGCUGGAAAGUCUGGAUUGGACCAGUGGAAUUUCACGAUGCAUCCAUCAGAAUUUGGCCGCAGAAUGGAUCCGACAGGUGACUACACUCGUCGAUGGUGCCCUGAAUUGGGCUCCCUGCCUGCACGUUUCAUCCACUGCCCAUGGGAGGCUCCGAUGCGACUGCAGAAACACUUGCCACAUGGCUCUUAUCCCGAUCGUUGUGUCCAAGAUCUGGAGCAAGCUGCUCUCUUGAGCUGCUCAGCCAUUCGUGAUCAGAGGGCGCGACGGCGAGACAGGAACGACGAUGGCGGAUAUGACCUCAUUGUCUUGCCCACGGGGUCUACGCUGUCGCAUGAUGGCCGUCUUACACGAGUAUUCACCAAGAAAGAUUACCGCCUUCCUCUAAGGAGCCGUCAUGGCGAUGACGACAGAUGUAUUACAGGGCAUGGCCUAUCUUCAGAGAAAAGGCGGCCAGACGAUUAUGGCAUCUCACUAGGCGAUUACAUCAAGGGCUGCUAGACAUUUUUCAAGAGGCUUGCAUGUUGUUCAUUUAGGAUUUUCUGCACGGCGCUCAUACAGGGUGCAUUUUCUUUGGCACAUCUUCGCGAUUUUCAGCAAAGUCGAGGGUGAAGUGUGCAUGGCUGUUUGCGGCAAGAUCAUGCAGGGUGCCCCAUCGCAUGUGCCGCGCUCAGCUGAACUUUGCGUCGUGCUGUCCACUUUGUCUUUUCCACCAUUUUCGUGACAGGGUUUGGUCCAGGCCUCUGCAGUCGUCAGUCACCUCGUUUGGCAGGCUCUGGAGAUAUGAUGAACAAACUAGGACAAGGGACGGCAUCUUGCUCUGCUUGUGGUUCUUGGUGCUUCUGACAGUUGCCAGCUGCAGGUCGUGGUGGCAUCAUUUAGCAGCUAAUUAUUGCAAACCAAUGUGCUCCCAGUUCGCUCCUUAGUUUUGGGCUGCUGAUCGUGAGAGGUUGGUUGUGUCUUUUAUCUGGCCCCAGUACAACAAGUUUUCACAGGGAGAGCAGACGUGGUCUCCAGAGCACCCCUCAAGACGCCCAGUGCCCCAGCUGCGCCCAGACGUCGCGACAGGCCGGGGGGCACCUAACGCCAGGUUCACCUCCGGCAACCUCAGAGAUGGGAGGGGACGGGGAUGCCUCUACGCUCGGCGUAGGAUGAUCGCG